UAUAUUAUUCGUCCUACUCUCUGCGGGCACUUCCGCGCUGAAGCUUACCCGCAAGAUGCCAAUGCGGUGAGAAGAGGCACUCUGGUUGGCAGGGCUACAAAAGUGCCUGCCCACAUAGCCAGAGCCCGCCUCCCGGGGGCUCAAGCUGCUCGCCCGAAGGUUAAAAGCCCUCCACUAAAGUCUGUGGGAGCCAAAGGGAAGAAGGCAGACGCGGGAAGCAAACCCAAGGCUCUUGCCUGCAAAAUCAAGGGAAAGCUUGGCAAUGUCAUAAGGACGAUCCUACCAGACAAGGUUGUGCCGUUGCACUUAAUCCUGGGGUCACUCACGCCGUCUGCGGGCGUCCGAGUCCUCCUGGCUAGCUUAGAAGGGAUUUGA